GAGUUUCUUCAGAAUUAGGCAUCCAUUUUGCUGCAGAUUGCAGGUGUUGAGACACUGCAGCAUUUUGUGCAAAAGCACAGUAGCACAAAAGCAACAGAAAGCAACAGCGUGCUUGUAUCUUCUACUACUACUUCAGACUCUUUCAGAGUGAAACGAGAACAGUCAAAACAAUCAACUAUCCAUCCAAGGUGGUUCACAGAAAUGACUAAUCAUUUGCAGGCAGGAGUAAUUUAGAGAGAGAGAGAGAGGGAGCGAGAGAGGACAGUUUGGAUAGGAGAAGAGAGGAGAGAGGGUGCUUGCUGUGGAAGGAGAGGACUGACAGUGCAGGCUUGGAGCAAGCAUUCCAUCUCAGUUCUCAUAUUAGGUGUGAAUGACCAAGAAAUCAACAAUCUCAAGGAGCCAUGAGCACACAGAGUGUCAUUGCUGUAAAGCAAUUCAGUGGCCCUGACAAAAUCGCACAAGCAUACACUGUUCCACAGCCAUCAGCUCAUGUGCUCUCCAACGCUAACUAUGACUAUGAUCUCUGUGGUUCAACAAAUAGUACCUCAUUAUCAUGUGCUAUCCAAUCCUCAAACAUUAAGACCGAAUCAAUCAGUUCAUCUAGCCUGCCAAAGAUCCUUCCAUUUAGUACUGACUCAAAUGGUGAAAGUUCACUUUCUCGCAUGUCGCAAGCCGAGUUUUCGGACCCAAUUUUGUCUAGUUCUUCUACAUUUUGUACAAGUCUGUACACCUCAUCACCGAUGAACUCUGGUUCAUGCCGAAAAACCGGUUAUUUGCCUUUCCUGCCACAACCUCCUAAAUGUGAGCAGCAGCAGAAUUCAGCUGGGCAAUCAUCCAGCUCUCUGAUGCUCCUUGAUGCUGAUCUCAGAAAUAGUGGUCAUGCUGAUGAUGAACACACAGAUGACCUCAAGGACUUUCUUAACCUCUCUUCAGAUUGUAGCUUCCAUGGGAAAUGCAGUGCCAUGGCUUAUAAUGAGCAGAUGGAGUUUCAGUUCUUGUCUGAACAGCUCGGAAUUGCGAUCUCAAACAAUGAGGAGAGUCCUCGGUUAGAUGACAUAUACGACAGACCACCGCAACUUAUGUCUCUUCCAGUGUCAUCUUGCUCUGAUCAGGAGGAUCUGCAGGAUGCAAGAUCUCCUGCUAAAGUUCAGUUGAGUUCAUCUCGGUCUUCAUCUGGAACUGCAUCAUGUAACAAACCAAGACUGAGGUGGACACCGGAGCUCCACGAGCGUUUCGUAGAUGCCGUGAACAAGCUUGAAGGGCCAGAAAAGGCAACUCCCAAGGGUGUUCUGAAGCUUAUGAAGGUAGAGGGCUUGACCAUCUAUCAUAUAAAGAGCCACUUACAGAAGUAUCGGCUUGCGAAGUAUCUUCCAGAGACAAAAGAAGACAAGAAGCAAGAAGAAAAGAAAACAAAAUCAGUGGCUAAUGGAAAUGAUCAUGCAAAAAAGAAGAGUGCUCAAAUGGCAGAAGCUCUUCGGAUGCAAAUGGAGGUCCAGAAACAACUCCAUGAACAACUAGAGGUACAAAGGCAAUUACAGCUGCGCAUAGAGGAACACGCAAGAUAUUUGCAGAAGAUAUUGGAAGAACAACAGAAAGCAAGAGAAUCCAUAUCCUCAAUGACUAGUACAACAGAAGGAGAAUCUCCUGAAUUCGCACCGAUGGAGAAAACCGAGGACAAAGCAGAAACCUCUUCAGCACCUUUGUCAAAGUGUAGAAUUACAGAUACUGAUGCAGAAUGCCAUUCAAAAGUUGAUAAUAAAAAGACAAAGCCUCAGGCUGAUCUUGAAAUGGUGCAUGACGAAUAAUCAUGGUCGCAACCUUUUACAAUAUAGUGCUUGGACUUGUAUGUUUGUUUUAUUCUGAUGUGCCUCCAUGAGUUAGUGCAGAAAUUGGUCUUUGCGAUUUUAUGGUAUACUUUUUUGAAGACUUUUUUUUUGUAUAUAUUACUAACUCAGAUGAAAAUGGAGCCAGUAAAGAGAUGGUGCCAUUGGUUCCCUGUAUACUUUAUUUCACUCUGUAAAUCUGAUUACCAUAAUAUGAAUACUUAUCCCAAAUUUACAAA